AUGGCUGAGUCUGAUCCAUCCUCAGGCGAGCAGAGCGAUGAGUUGCCUUGGGCCAUCCAGGACGAACUUGUGCCCGCGGAACACACACAGAGGCUUCUGAACAUCGCACUAGGGCUCAGCAGCACACAGCAUUUGAACACCACAAUGAGUUGGGCCCUCAGUGAGAUAGAAGAUGCCAUCAACAACACCGAUGACAUCAUCACCCAUCUCCAGGAGAUACAGGACACACUGCGUCGGCCUACCAGUCAGAUAGAAAAUGCCAUCCAAGACGCCAAUAGCAACAUCACCGAGCUCCGGCAGACGCACGAAAUCAUCAUCGAGCAAAUUGAGCGGCUGCAGGUCGCCAUCUCACAGGUGCGCGGCGCCAUUGAGCAGCAAGCUGGACGUCUCAGUCGAGCGGUGACUGCAGCUGGCACUCGGUACCUCCAGACCACAAGACUAGCUGUAUAUGAGGUGUUCUGGAGUUCGGUGGCCCCUGUCAUCGAAAGAGUCGGAAUGGCGGAUGUCCAAGAUCCCACCUGA